GAUGCCAAAGAGAAGUAAAAAUAAGCAGAAGGAUUUUCAAAAGAAAAGAGCUAAAGUGGGAAAAACGGAUAUUCCCAAGAAUGCCACUGACACAAAAUUUAAAUCUAAAGCUAUCACACUUCCUACUCAGUCCUGCACUCUAAACAAACAGUUUGUAUUUACUAGUAAGCGGAAUCUUACAAUUAAGGAACUUCUUUCCCAAAUUACGCAUCAUAAUGUUAACGUAAGGAAAGAUUCGCUUUUAGAGUUAAGAGAUCUUAUUAAAAGAUAUCCACAAGCGUUAGAGACUUAUCUUGCGCCUAUACUUGAACGCAUUCUUCCGAUCAUGACGGACUGUGACGAAAAACCAAGAAAGCCUCUUGAGUUUCUUAUCGAGCUUAUAUUAACUAAUUCCAGUACAACGCAAAUAAAACCCUUUUGGCCUUUAAUCGUGGUUUACUUUAAAAAAGCCAUGACACAUAUCCGUUCCGAUAUCGCUCUUAAUUCAAUGGCUUUUUUUAAAUUGUUCUUCAAGCAUCAUAGAAGUCUUUUACUUGACAACGGCAGCGACUUUUUGAACAGCUUUCUUAGGCUUUUAUCUUCUAACAUCUUUAGAAAGCCUUUAACUACAUUAAGAAAGUUCCAGUUAAAACAGGAGAAGGCAUCUAGCAGUGUACUGGCGAACCUCUCCGAAUUGCUUUGGUCGAUUGUGUCUAACAAUAUUGAUAUAAAGGAGAACACUUUCCUCUCUGAAGUUCAAAGUGUGCUGGAUCAACCAUACCAACCUUUUGUUCAUGUUGGUCGUUCAGUUUACAAAGCUUGCGUGGUUUCCGAGUCCUCUAAUAAAGGUCUACUUUCGGACUGUUCCGACAUUUGUGACUUUAUUGCCUCAACUUAUGACACGUUACUGAAUGUAUGGUUGGAAAGUUUGGGGAAAAGCAAGGGUAUGCUUGAUGCUGAGCAGGUCUCCAGCCUUCUGCCUGUCGUGCAGAUAUUUAAAUCGUUAUGGGCCGGUUACUACGCCGUGUGGGGCGGCCAGCAUUUUCCUUCGGACAGUCGCUCGAAUUUUGCGUUAGCUGAGCACCUUCCCUCUCUUCAACGCCACGUUUUCUCACACUUCCCGUACAGUGUAAAAACCUCACAAUGCUCUUCGGAGACUUUAAAAGAUCUACGAAAGAUUAAUAUUGGCCUCGCACACAUGAUCUCUAUAUACGAAGUCUGCCGUGUUUAUAUAAACAAAGAAAGUAAAAAGCACCCACUAUGCCACUUUGAAAGCGCUUUACUAGCCUAUAUAAAUGCCAUGCUUUCUGAAAAAGAAAGUUUUGAUCCUGAGCUGUUAUAUGUUAUUGAGUUACUAAUUUGUUCUUCGUCCGUGCGGGAUACCAUCCGUCUCGCCUGUGUCAAAUCAAUACUUUCAUUUUUUGAGAAUCUUUCUGAACGAUCCGCUUUGAAAAAAACUUUAUUUUGUUUUUUAUCAAAAACUUUUAUUUCGUGCGUUGGAUAUGAAUGCUUUGGAGAGCUACUCUCUCGGUUCCUGCCUUGUUUGCCCAAACUUUUAUGGGUCCUUUGCACCAAAGAUCUCCAAUUCACUGAAAAGAUACUCAACUUUUUACUGACACUCGGCCAGCGCACACAAAAUAGUUACUUUCAAACGGUGGCGGUUCAUCUGUCUGCCUUGUUCCACGUGACUGUGCGCCGCAAAGACGCUUCUGGUGUCUGUCGAAGUAUAUCGAAGUUCGGCCCUUUUCUCGAGUAUCCCUGUGGACUCCAAUCCAAAGCCAUCUCAUUACUUUAUAAUAUGGAGUGCAUUGCUUCCCAUUUUUAUGCCUCUCUUUCGAGUUGCGUUAUAAGUGGAAAAAUGUCAAGAGAUAUCGUAUCUCUUACUUUCGAUCUUCUGCUUCGUCGCUUGAAAAAGUGCGACUUGCACGUCGAAGUGGAAUCUUUUCUCAAGUUUUUGUUCACUUCGCUUCUUGGGGCCACACUUAAGGAUUUGGAAAUAGAACAGUCUAAGGACGUUGCGUGUGAGAGUCUGCCUUUUUUUGGAGAACGUAUAUAUAUAACGAAAUCUGGUUUGGAUUCCGGCGCUUCACUGCGAGCACGAGUAGCUGUGGCCCAGCUAGCAGUGUCUGCCCUCAUGCACUUAGUCGAAACGGACUGUCUCCUUGAACUUUCCGGGCGCACGUUUCAGCACGUCCAUGGGCUCUCCCGACUCCCCUUCGCUGUGGCAGUGUCGCUAACGACUUCAUUGACCAAGAUUCCAGCGCCCGUCAAAUUGCAAGCAAAGUUUUUACUUUGGGCUCUCACACUCGUGGAAUUAACUUUGUGGCCAGAAAUACCAGUGGAAGUCCGGCAACUGACACGCGAAAUUUGUUGUUCUUUCCUGAGCAAAACAGACGGCCGCAUGCUGCGCGAAGUGGUUCUGCAAUGGACUUCUUCCCUGCAUGAUCAGCGAUUAACCGAGCGAGUAACAAGGUUGUUACCGGUUCUUCUGAAAAUUAACGCGCUUUCUCUCGACGAACAGCUUUCGGGGGCCAUCUUCUCUUUCUUAAGAGCCGCUAAACUGGCAUAUGGUAAUGAAGAGUUUUUACUAAAGUUUGAAGCCGACGUGGCUUUGCACUUAUAAGCAAAUUAAGCAUCUACUGUAGAACAGUGUUUAUUACCGUCUUAUUUGCUUAUGUUCACUACGGAACACUCCUGCAUAGGUCUGCGUAGUUGCAGAAGAGCUUUGUUAAACUCGCCUUGGAAUUCUUUUUACUGAUAAUAACCCAAUAAACAAGCUCUGCUGUAGUAAGUAUACAGUAACAUAGUAUCAGUACGUUAAGAUACUGGCAGCGAACAUCUCCACGUCUCCCCUUUUCAC